AUGUCCACAGCCUCGAAGGCUCUCCUUGGACAAAGACGACGUGGGCAAUCUCUAGCUCUUUUCGCGAAGUCUAGAGAUCAAUGAAGUGGGUCGUCGAAUCGUCUCCGGCGGCUGUCACCCGGCAGAGCGGAAAAACGGCGACUUUGUGGCUCUCCGGCGGCUGUCACCCGACGAAGAGGAGCUGGAUGGAGGUGGGGCGCGUGUCAGGGAGCUUCAUCAUCAAGUCCGCGCAGCAAGAGGAGGCUCUUCAUCGCAUCUGGUACGCUCUCAGGAGGUGGCGACUAGUCUCCCGGUGGAUCGUCCUCUUCCCGACGACGGCUUGUUCGUCGAUCAAUCGGAGAUGAUUUACUCGAUGGAUUUGCAAUCCUUUUAUCGCGAAUCGUUCAGCAAUUUUAGUAGCAAUGCUCCGCGAAUCGCAUUGACGAGAUUUUCGCCGAUGAUCCAGCGAUUCUCAUUGCUUAAUCCUUCAUCAGCAAUCUGUAGGAAAGUCGCGAUAAUCAAAUAAAAAUAUAUGAAUUUUGACUCUAGAAGGAUUCGAACCCACGUUGGUUGCUCGCCUCUUCUGAGGAAGGUGUGACGGGGGUUUAGUCCCACAUCGGUUGUAUGUCGAUUUUUCGAGCGAAUAUAUAGUAAUGUUAGCUUUGUCAGCAAAGUCCCUUCUCUCGCAUGUACGACCACUCCUUGCCCUACAGCCGGCUGGCCACCGAUGACGUGGAAGGGGAGUGGCGUACGCGUGCCCUGUCAGUCCCUAAGCCAAGCCGCUCGAGCCCCUGCUCGCAGCUUACUCCCCAACUGUGCUUCCGACCCGCUUGCGGGCCCGGCUGGCCGACAAGUCCCCCCAUUUUUGCAAUAUUUUUAUUUUUAUUUUUAUUUCUUGUUCUUCAUUUAUCUCAAAAGUAA